CUCCUCCACGCCACCUCCGCACCGCAGAGAGGCAGGCACACAGAGCGAUCGAGCGAGCCCGAGCCGUGCCAAACAAGGACCACCCACCCACCCACUACCAGCCCCGCUUCCUCUCUGUCUCUCCACCGCUCGCGCGCGGCGGGCGGCGUGGCUCCGAGGGCGGGAAGCGCGGGCUCGGCGGGGCGACUCGCCGGCGGCGACCUGCAGGUUUGGGUAUGAGAGGGGUCACCCACGCGGCGCCCACCGGAAGCGCCCCCUGCCCACUCCGCGGACGACUCGUCAUGGACGGCCUCCUCAUCUUCGUCUUCUACCUCUCGCUGCCUAUACGUGGCGGCCGCGACCACUCGUUAAUCUCUAAUUGUUAGCCGCCGCCCGGUCGGCACGCCAUCGGUCGGCCCGCACCCCCGAAGCUCUGCGCUCUCGUUCGUCUCGUGUCUACGGUCUACGCACGCCGCCACCACCGCCAGCCUCACACACAGGAUCAGGAUCGAUGGACCAGCCACCGAAUGGAUUCGCCGCCGGAGGAUUUUUCACGCACAUUGAUGGGCAAAACCGCUCUCCCCCUUCUGUAAUUGUAAUCGGGGGAGGGAUUUCAGGCAUCGCAGCCGCACGUGCUUUGUCCAAUGCUUCAUUUAAGGUCACACUCUUGGAGUCGAGGGACCGAGUUGGUGGCCGUGUGCACACUGACUAUUCUUUUGGUUGCCCCAUUGACAUGGGAGCUUCAUGGUUGCAUGGUGUUUGCAACGAGAAUUCUUUGGCGCCAUUGAUUAGGAUGCUUGGGCUUAGAUUAUAUCGCACAAGCGGUGAUAACUCUGUUCUGUAUGACCAUGAUUUGGAAAGUUAUGCUCUAUUUGAUAAGCAUGGUCAGCAAGUUCCCCAGGAGAUAGUUAGCAAAGUUGGAGAGACAUUUGAGAAAAUUCUUAAGGAGACUGUCAAAGUAAGAGAUGAACAUGCAAAUGACAUGCCUCUUAUUCAAGCCAUGGCAAUUGUGCUUAACAGGAAUCCACAUAUGAAGUUGGAGGGCCUGGAAUAUGAGGUACUGCAGUGGUGUAUAUGUAGACUGGAAGCAUGGUUCGCUACUGACAUGGACAAUAUAUCUCUGAAGAAUUGGGAUCAGGAACAUGUGCUUACCGGUGGACAUGGUCUUAUGGUGAAUGGCUAUGAUCCUGUCAUCAAAGCUCUAGCUCAAGGUCUUGACAUUCAUCUCAACCACAGGGUCACAAAGAUCAUACAACGUUAUAAUAAGGUUAUUGUUUGUGUGGAAGAUGGGGCAAGUUUCGUUGCAGAUGCUGCUAUAAUAACGGUCCCUCUCGGGGUACUAAAGGCAAAUAUCAUCAAGUUUGAACCUGAGCUACCAAGAGAAAAGCUUUCAGCAAUCGCUGAUCUUGGCGUUGGCAUCGAAAACAAGAUAGCCCUUAAGUUCAACACUGUAUUUUGGCCCAACGUUGAAGUGCUAGGUAGGAUCGCCCCAACGUCAAAUGCCUGUGGCUACUUUCUCAACCUUCACAAAGCCACAGGAAACCCAGUCCUGGUAUGCAUGGUAGCUGGAAGAUUCGCAUACGAGAUCGAGAAGCUGUCUGAUGAAGAAUCCGUCAACUUUGUUAUGUCCCAGCUCAGGAAAAUGCUACCGCAGGCAACUGAACCGGUUCAGUAUUUGGUUUCACGUUGGGGCAGUGACCCAAACUCACUUGGCUCCUACUCGUGCGACCUGGUGGGGAAACCGGCUGACCUGUAUGAAAGAUUCUGUGCUCCGGUUGGCAACCUGUUCUUCGCUGGGGAGGCCGCCUGCAUUGACCACUCCGGGUCGGUGCAUGGAGCUUAUUCGUCAGGCAUUGCCGCUGCAGAGGACUGCCGAAGGCGUCUGUCGACGCAGCUAGGCAUCUCCGACCUGUUCCAGGUCGCGAAGGUUGUCAUGAGGGAGGAGAUGAAUGAAGUCAUGGUUCCCUUUCAGAUAUCGAGGCUGUAAGAGAGAACACCAACACCGUGUUGUGUAGUGAUGAUUGUGCCAUCCUGAAGCUGACGCGGCAGACAAGGUUAACGCGGAACAAUAUAGCUGCCUUCAAUUCACGGCAUAUAUUGCCUUCAAAACUGUUGUAUUGUCGCAUGCAGUUUGUUGUUCGACGUAACUCUAUCUAAAAUAAUGUAAGACCUUUGUUGUUGGAAGAUUCUAUAGAUGCCGUUGUUCGUCA